CAGCACUGAGCUCAUAGAGACCAACUUUACACCAGCGAAGAAGAAAACGUCAACAGGAAGCAGCAGCAGCAGCAGCAGCAGGAGGAAGAGGAAGAGGAAAUGAAAAGGUGCUGCUGCAAAAGGUUAGCUGUGCUGCCUUCCUGAACAGGUCUCCAGCAUGACGAGCAGACGGGCUCUGAAGGCCGUGCUCAUCGACCUGAGUGGAACUUUACAUAUAGAAGACACAGCAGUGCCCGGGGCGCAGGACGCCCUAAAGAGGUUACGGCAGGCGUCUGUAGCUGUGAAGUUUGUGACCAACACAACAAAGGAGAGCAAGAGGAACUUACUGGAACGACUGCAAAGUCUCAACUUCGACCUCAAGGAAAAAGAGAUCUUCACUUCACUGAGUGCAGCGAGGAGUUUGUUAGAGCAGAAACAACACAGACCGCUGCUGCUGGUGGAGGACAGCGCACUGGAAGACUUUACGGGUAUUGACACUUCAGAGCCUAACGCCGUCGUCAUCGGACUCGCUCCUGAUCACUUUAACUACCAAACACUCAACAAGGCUUUCAGAAUGAUUCUGGACGGAGCGCCUCUCAUCGCCAUCCAUAAGGCUCGGUACUACAAACGUCAGGAUGGUUUGGCCCUCGGCCCCGGGCCCUUUGUGACGGGACUUGAGUACGCCACAGACUGUAAAGCUACUGUAGUGGGAAAGCCGGAAAAGACUUUUUUCACACAGGCUCUGUCUGAUUUGGGAUGUAGCCCCAAUGAAGCUGUCAUGAUAGGCGAUGAUGCCAGAGAUGAUGUGGGCGGGGCUCAGAAUGCAGGAAUGUUGGGAAUUCUGGUUCGAACCGGUAAAUACAGAGAAGGAGAUGAGAAAAAAAUAAACCCUCCUCCCCACCUGACAUGUGAUAGUUUCCUAGAAGCUGUCGAACACAUCCUGAAGAACCUGCUAUGAGCUCAAAGUUCCGGGCCGAGGGUUUGGUGUGCGUGAGGACUUCCAGGAAGUCAGCUGUUUUCACAGUUUCCAGCUGGAUGGCAGGCAUGGAAGUGUCUCCUGUGAAGGAGAAUCCCAAUGAGGUCACAGUGUUUUAUUCAGGGAC